AUAUCCAAUUAAAUCCGACGGCUCUCAUCCAUAAGUAUCAUCAUCCGGAUGAACUUGACAACUGUAACCGCGGCCAUUGUUGGUCCUUCGCAGAAUAAAGGUGCGCAUCGAGCCAAUUAAAUGUACCACCCGAAUAGCCGACGGCAGAAGAGAAAGACGAUCGAAAUCGGAGAGAGUUUUUCUUCUCUCCGGUAGGUUCUACUUUCGGUUGCUAGAUCUAGAUUCUGGAGUGGAUCAUUCGGGGUCGAUCGGGUAAGGGAUGGAUCCGGCGUUGCUCGAUGGCAUCAUAAGCAGGCUGCUGGAGGUGCGGUUGGCGAGGCCUGGGCGGCAGGUGCAGCUCUCGGAGUCGGAGAUCCGACAACUUUGCAAUGUCUCUCGGGAGAUUUUCCUCAGCCAGCCCAAUCUCCUGGAGCUCGAAGCUCCCAUCAAGAUCUGCGGUGACAUUCAUGGGCAGUAUAGUGAUCUUUUAAGACUCUUUGAGUAUGGUGGUUUUCCUCCUGAGUCCAACUAUUUAUUCUUAGGUGAUUAUGUGGACCGGGGAAAACAAAGCUUGGAAACAAUAUGCCUUCUUCUUGCUUACAAAAUAAAGUACCCAGAGAACUUUUUUCUACUGAGAGGAAAUCAUGAAUGUGCUUCUAUAAAUAGAAUUUAUGGAUUUUAUGAUGAAUGUAAGCGCCGGUUUAAUGUUAGACUAUGGAAAGUUUUUACUGACUGCUUCAACUGCCUUCCAGUGGCAGCUCUAAUUGAUGACAAAAUACUAUGCAUGCAUGGUGGCCUUUCACCUGAUCUGUCAAACUUGGAUCAAAUUAAAAGUUUAACUCGUCCAACCGAUGUCCCAGACACUGGUUUACUAUGCGACUUACUUUGGUCAGAUCCUGGUAGAGAUAUUCAAGGUUGGGGAAUGAAUGACAGAGGGGUUUCAUACACUUUUGGUGCUGACAAGGUUUCAGAAUUCCUGUCAAAGCAUGAUCUGGAUCUUAUCUGUCGGGCUCAUCAGGUUGUCGAGGAUGGGUAUGAAUUCUUUGCUAACAGACAACUUGUCACCAUAUUUUCAGCCCCAAACUACUGUGGUGAAUUUGAUAAUGCUGGUGCAAUGAUGAGUGUUGAUGAAACUUUAAUGUGCUCUUUUCAAAUUCUCAAGCCUGCAGAGAAGAAAACGAAGUUUAUCGUGCCAACAGGAAUAUGAUAAUAACAAAGCCUACUUAUUUGUAUUAUCAUCACGGUUAUAAACUUGAUAAUUGAAGGUGCAAAGCUUCAUGAAUGAUUGAAAUGAAUUUGGGGUGUGUUAAUGCCACUGAUGGAGCUAACAUGAUGUUAUAUAGGCAUUUGGCGGUAGCUAUCUCAUUCUUAGUUGGCAAGUUCUGUUGUUUUUUCCAUCUUCAACGUGCAAAACUACGCUGCAGGUGUACAUACAUUGGUGUUGACUGGUUGGAGUAGCCUACUCUCUUCUUCAACACCCUUAUUUUAAUUAAGGGAUUUUUUUUUUAUAAAAAAAAGACAGCCCAAAUAUGCCAAAAAAAAUUUAUGACAAAGCCAUGCUAUUUAGGUGGUAUGUAUACUUAAUUGGAAGUUAUGCAUUGCAUGAAUGGACUAUUGUUGGACGCAAUCAUGAUGUUAAUUCAGAGAUCUGUUUGAAUUUGUCGAUCA